GUUGGACCAGUGGGCGAGGACCGGUGCCUGGGCUGGCUGCAGUGGGGGCGGUGAGGCAGCUGUGUCACCGGGACAGGAGGGCAGGGGCAGGACGUGCCAGGCUCCAGCGCACACGGGGCUCUGCUGUGACAGCUCCAGCCCGGGACAGCCACGAGCAGCUCCUGCGCCUGACACCGGGAGAUGGACCCCCGGAGAGGGCAAGAGCCCGUCAGCGUGAUCGGGGCUGUGCUGGGCAUCGGGCUGGCCUUGCUGAUCCUGGUGGUUUUCAGCUACACCUUCAUCCGCUGGUACCAGAGGGGCCAGCGCUGGCACCGGCCUGACUUUGUCUUCAACCUCUACCACACGCGUGGGGUGGGGUCACUGGCAGUGGAGCUGCUGCCCCCGUUCAGCAUCAGUGGCUCUCUGGACACCACAGGCAGUGGCUACGAGCCCUUCCACACCCGGGGGCUGUGAGGAGGGGGCUGGGCUGCUGAGCAGCUUCACAGGAUCACACGACAGCUGGGGUUGGAAGGGACCUCUGGAGACCACCUGGUCCAAACUGCCACCUGGAAGUACAACACAGGAGUGCAUCCAGGAGGAUUUUGAAUGCCUCCAGAGAGGGAGACUCCAGACUCUCCCUGGGCAGCUCCUCCCUCUGCUCCACAGCCACAGCUCUCUUGCUGUCCUUCCCUGGCCAUGGGCAGCACAGGAGGUGCCUGGGACUGGCACUGGCACAGCCUCCCCUUGCUUGGGAUGGAGGAAUAGGAAUCCCAGGCUCCCUCAGCACUCAUCCCCGAGAAAACAGCCACCUUCCCCACGGCUCAGAGACCCUCCAGCCCUCGGGACCAGCCACCUGCAUGCCCAGGAGACCUGGGACUGUGAGUGCAGGGCACUAGUUAAGGAGGACAGCCAGGAGCCCCAGAACUGGGGGGGCUGGGUUUGUGCAACUGUGGAAAAUGCUGUGAAGAAAUGGGAAGUCUGCUCCAGGCCCCCCUCCUCACUCCAGUAUCUGGACCAAUGUGGGAGUUUGUCCCCAGUAGUGCAAACAAACAUCUCAGAAAGCCCCUGUGAGGUUUGUCUUGAUUUUUUUGUACCAGUUGCCUUCAGUCUCAGCAGAGCAAGUGGCUGUGGAAGUGCCCAGAGCAUGAGAGCAGCCGUGGGGAAGGUGCUGUGGCCACAG